CGACUUACCUCACUUUGAAGCCGCCAUGUCAAAAUUUAUAAAGUCUUUCCAGAUCUUUCCGAUUGAGCUAUUCCGCGUUAACAAUGGGCACUACGUUCGACUUCGAGAGUGGACUGGCCAACGACCUGUAUACGAUAUUCACACCCAAAAUGGCUACGUCAAAGCAAAAGCGAUGGAUCCCACAAGCUACGCUCCUCCGAACGGAGCCUCCAUGCGACCCAAUUCCCAAAGAAACAUAGACCUGAUCAACAACAGGAGAGGUCUAGAUGUAGUUGUCUACUCUGUUCCAGCCGGUACUAAACUGCCUGACGACCUCAUCCUUGUCCAUGAAUUCAAAGAACAUUACUCGCUGCAGCCUGCUAGAGACAUGCAUAUUUCAGAUCUGAAUGAGAAACUCACCAAGUUCUUCCAGACUUACGGAAAUGUCAAAUCUAAACAAGCCUGGCUUAAUGCUUAUAAGAGCGGCUCUACAGGAUUAAGUAAAUUCUAGCUUAAUAGGACGAGGUAGAUAUUGCGCUGUACGGGAGUUCUUGGUCCUUGGCUGUGCGCAAUCGCUUCUCUAUUGUAAAUUCUAUUCCUUCGCGUCAGGAAAAUUCAAACUGAAAAGCUGCGAAAAGCUGCGAAAAUCCUGCAAAACUAGCAAAACUGGCGAAUUUUAGCGAAUUUUUAGCUACUUAAGCUACUAGGGC